GUUUUUUUGGCCAAGCUGAUGGGGCAACGCCCGAUGCCGAUCCAGAUCCAGCGCUACACGCAACUGGUUUUCGGGCUCGAACGCACGGGCGAGGCCAAGCGGGAGGUGCUGGGCGGGAUCCUGGCCAAUAUUCAGGAGCUUCAGUACCAGCGCGAG